UUAAUCGAUCAUUCCGGGAGUCGCUGUGCGUGAAUCGGUCGCUCGGUUCGUCGUCGGUGGUUUUUGCGCGCGCGAGGGAAAGUGGGGAAGAGAGGUUGGGCGGACGGGCCGAGAAUAAUAAGCGCGCGCGUUUUAGCGCUACGCAGCACAUCCCCGCGGGGGAGAUGUAGUCGUCAAACGCAGUGUGUCAGUGCUCGACGUGAACGCGUUCGUUCCCACGGAUGUUCCCGGUGGACGCAUAUCCGAGAGAUGUGACCGCCGUCGCUUAAUUGACAGCUCAACGAGGGGAGCUCCGAUCGGGGGAAUAGGAUCGCCACCGCGACACAGAGGCCCCAGAUCGCUAUGACGAGAUAACAGAUGCAGAAUGAGAUACAGCAGCGGUAACCUAUUCGGUUAUGCGUGGCUCACGUUCACCCUCACUCGUCUCAAGGUGCACGCAGAAGGCGGAGUCGCUUGCAAAGAUCAACAUGGGCGCUCCUACGAAAGUGGCUUCCACUACAUACCCGGACCUGAGCCCUGCACCUUCUGCAUCUGCGACAAUGGCAAUCCAAAGUUGUGUAAAGCUUUCAUCUGCAAGUUCCUCGAGGAGGAUUGCAAAUCCUUUCGUCGGGGCGAUACCUGCUGCGAGUUCAUCUGCCUGGACGACACGUUGUCAUCGAUAUCCAAUGACAAGCCGGACGGCGCGGGAACCAACAUAAUGGAUGGAAAUGCAAAUUAUGACUUGGGCUUACGAUCGGUUGCCAGUUUCGUCACAGCGAUAUUAUCAAUGAGUCUGUUAUUUUUUCUGAUACACCGUCUGCGUCAGCGCAAGAUACAAGUUUGUGUGGCAGGUCGGGAGAACAGGCAAAUCGGAGAGGACCAAAGAAGCUUAGGUAACAUGGGAUACUUGGAAAGAGGCGGUCUGCUGCACGGGCUGCCGAUGGACGACAUACCCUGCGGCACCGGCUACUCCCUGUGGAAGCCGCCGGGCAAUUACUUCCCGCGCGGGGAAGCGCCCCCGCCGUACGAGGAGGCGGUCGCCGCCGCGAGGGCGGAACAGGCCUUGCUGUCGAUGAAUCCGCACACACUGCUGUCGAUGAACUUCUCCGACAGCUACAUGCCGGGCGGCAACAAUCACACGGGCAUAGCGGUGGUGGCGAACACCCCGAGCGAGUUGACCGUCAACACGCAGCCGUCGUCCAACGAUAAUCACAUGAGCGCGCCCUUGAUGUCCUCCAGCCGGCCGCUCUCCAGCCCGGGCACGUACGCCAAUUAUCGACCGGUCAGCCAGAGCAGCACCACGUCCACCGGUCUGAACACGAGCACCUCCACCACGAGCUUCAGCACGAACAUGUACGAGAACCUGCCGAUCGGCGCGACAAGUUUCAGCGACGCUCAGCAUUCCGCCGGCGGUCACGUGUCCGCGCAACCCAUUUCGCACUCCACCAUACCCAAGAGCUACCGUCAGCACACGACGACCUUCCCGCGUCAAAGCGGCGCGUUCACGAUAUCGGCCACUCUGUCGAAUUCCGACGUGUCAUCGUCGUCCUCCCAUCGUACGAUCCCGCGGACGCUGACCACCACCCAGCGCGUCAGGGCGAAGGACAUCUCGACCGAUUGUUCCGCCAAGGAUUAUCUCCACUUAUCGCCGGGCGGCAUCGCGUCGCACAGUCUGUCGCCCGCGGCCGCCCCGGCUGGUUACAAGGAUACCAAAGACUCGGACGUGUUCUACGCGGACGCCCCGGCAGCCUCGGCGUCCGCUCUGCCGCAGUCUUCUUCGGACUGCGCGUACACAGCCCGCACCGCGGAUGUGUCCGAGAAGAGUCGCGAGUUCAAGCCUUCGCUGAGCGCAGCUAACGAGAUCAAUGCGAGCGGCAGUUUCGAGUCGGUAGCGUGUACUUGCAGUAUGCAAGCAUUGCCGACUCUGCACGACGACACGGAUGAUUAUCGGAGUGAGUGCGAGAACUGUAAGAGUGCGACGGGUUCUCGUUAUUAUUUAGAUAAUGAGGACGAACUAGUUACGUCUCUUCACGAAACCAUGACAUUGCACAGAAGACCGGACGACGCAGCAUCAAGUGCCACGCCACAGUAUUAUAGAACUUCACUUACACUGCCGACGAGUACACGCCAACGUACAAGGAUCACCGGGGCUCGUGAAAAUUGGUUCAGCACUAUGCCAGAAAGUUCCAGCGGAUCUUCCGACGAGAACUAAGUAUUACAAAAAAUAGAGGACAAUGUUUAAGCGCGCAAAUAAAAUUAAUACACAUAUAGUAUCUAUAUGUUAUAUACAUAAGUAUUAAAACUAUCUAUACAGAGUGUCCCAGAAUUAUCGCGCUUCUCCUCUCACAGAUCAUUGUUCGAGUGUCGAUGCAUCAAUGAUUUUCGCAUCGUAUUGAAGAAAAAUCGAGAUGGAAAAUGUUCAGAAUCAGUGUGUGAAAUUUGACACGAUAUUGCGCAGGGGAAACUCCCUAAUUUCUGCGAAUUUUUCCAUUUAUUCGGUAUGGCGAGAGCCCGAGUCUUCCAGAAUAUUUAGCUUCUCUACUCUUCAUGUGACAUCAGCGUUCGAGAGAAACUGCCAAUCUUUUGGGACAUCCUCUAUAGUGAUUGUCGUAAUUAACAUCAUUAUUGUCAUGAACAUUAUCAUCACCGUCAUUAUCAUUGUAAUCGAUAUCAUAAUCAUUACUAUUGCCAUCGUCAUCAUCGUGAUUGUCGUUAUUGUCAUCAUUGGGUAAUGAAAGUUUGUUAGAAUUCAUGAUGAACUUUCCGAAUCUGAGAUGUUAAAGCAGUUUAACUGCUCUAAUGACGCGAAUGGUAGAGCGCAGGAAAGAUGUUCACGUAUUAAGAUAUCAAUAACAAGGCGAUAUAUUGUUUAUCAUAUAUUUAUUAUUGUCAGAUGCAAUUCUGCUUGAGGUAAGGUGAUCCGAUUGUAUUCUUUAUCCAUUAAUCUAUCAUAGACUUCCGGACAAUUCCCGAAACAAUUUGAAAGCUUCCGACCAUGUUGCCAGCAAGUGGAAAGUCGAUUCCUACUGAUGAUCUUCGCGCGACGAUGGAAGGAGAUUAUUAUCGUCUGUUUGUGUCGCAUAGCGACGAUAAAUAGAUAUAUUAAUAGAUAGAUAGAUAUAGAGGUAGAUAGAUAGAUAGAUAGAUAGAUAGAUGAAUGUUUAUUCUAUUUUGGGGUGGAACCCCGUAGGGCACAAAAUAAAAAAAAAAGAAAUACAAAAUCCACUUAAGUGUUAAAAGAAGAGAAACGGAGAGAAAUACAACGGUGGGGGUAAACGCGAGUACCAAUACAGUAUUAUUACUUAAUUAUCUUGAAACUUGCCAGACAAGUAAAGAAACAGAAUGCAAGAGUAAAAAAUAAGAAAUGCAAAUCAAAGAUACGAAUUAUCGUAUGGUAAGAUAGGAGCGAUUCUUGUGAACGUAGAACUUUGUUUUCUCGUGUAACUAAGAGAAGGAAAAGAAUAUAAAAGGGAAGACGAACCAAUGUUAUCACUAGGUAAAAAGUUCCAGGGGGAGAAAACGACGACUGGAAAAUUCUAUAAAUUCUAACGCGACACGUGUGGACACAGAUGGGGAUUUUCGUGCUAAGGACUCGUUCCGAUUGAGGACGAGAGAAACGUAAAUAAGGAGAUAAUUGUCUGUAAGAUAGAAAAUAAGAAGCACGGAAUUUGCAGGAGCACGUCGAUAUUACCUGGGAAGUUUCACAGUGAAAUCUCAUAAACUUUCGCACCUUAUUCUCGUUAUCACGAACAUCAUCAUCAAAAUUACUAUGAACAUCAUCAUUGCCAUCAUUAUCGCCAUUGUCAUUAUCAUCAUUUUCAUCAUCAUCAUUACCAUCAUUAUGUUACACAACUGUUACCAUUGCAUUCUUGUCUUGUUUAAAAAACAAAUUCAGUUUAUCUGUGAACAUAAAUUAUUCAAUUAAUGGAAAAAAAGUCUAAUACGAGUCUAACAUAAAUGUUGCUAUGAUCUACUAAUUAUUCAGCUCGUAUUCGACUUGCCCUGCUGUUAAUUUAUCUGUUAACAAGCCGUUACCUUUUGUUAUUUUAAAAACAGAUUACGUUUUAUCCAAAGAAUUAUAAGCAUUUUAAUAGUAGAUCUUUAUUGUAAAAAAAGUAGGAUAAACUCAUAUCUAUAUGUACAUGAUAUUAAGAUAGUCACGAAAAAAUGUAACAAGUCAUGGAAACUCUUCUUUCAUGAAAUGUCUACGAACGCGAAAUCUAUGUUAAUAUAUACGUUAAAACGUGCAUAUAUAAGUUACCUGCAGCACCGACAAAACACUUAAAAAUUCGUAGUCUACCCAUAAAUGUCUGUUAUCAUCAAAUGAAUAUUUAACUUUCCUUUGGUAUCUCUUUAAAUCUCAUUAUUGACUAUAUAUAAAAAAAACGUUUUAAGAUUAUUUUAUCCUCGGAGGGUUGUUUUACUCGUUAAAACUGUUUUUCAGCUGUAACGAAAACAGUGUGUGACUGAACUCUUCGUGCCAAAUGUCAUAUUUACUUUCUUUAUUUUGAAUUUGCGAAUUGUCGAAAUGCCUUUGUAAGCGCAAGUAGAGACAGAUUCUUUAAAUUUUCGUUAGGAUUUGAGUUUAAAUCGAAAGCCAAAAUUGGACAUUUAUAUCGAAAAUCGAAGGGAAUAAGCAAUAAGCGAUGGCCCUCUUGUCAAAUUUUAAGUAGGGACAAAAUUGACUUCAUGUUCAUUGAGGAAUCAAAUAAUCUAUGACUUUUAAUGCUUUUUGCUACCAUGUAGAUAUAUGUAAAAAAAGUCCGACCACACUUGUAGUAUUCGGAGUCGGAGAGGAAAGAGUGAAAGUUCUGAGCUGUUAUGAGUAAACAAAAGUGAAAUUGUAACGCGGAUAUAUUUUAAUUGUAAAUUAUCUGUAAAUCCAAUAGAGCACAAAGUAUGUAUAAGUACAAGUACAAGCUUAUCAUGUUUUAUUCUAAAUUUGGUUUCUAAAGUCGAUAGGACAAGUCGAUGUGGUACAAAAGAGAAAUUUUCGAUAUAUCAUUUUCAGUAUUAGGGUAUUGUUUAAUAUUAGAGAUAUGUUGUUUUUUAAAU